AUGGGCCACCAGAUUUCGUGUUUCACUGGUGCCAAACGUGGCCAUACCACCUCGCACUCCAGACGCCUCUCGAGGGCCGAAUCCUCUGCAUCUCCUCAAGGCCAGGAGGGCCCAAGACAGGUCGGACAGGGCCAGUGCGGGACAGUGUGGGCGUUGAUGGACCUGGCUUUGAAAGUGCCCAACGAGGGGAAGCAGGAUCGGCUCUGGAACGAUAGCUGCCACCACAGGAGGGUGGAAGAUGCACUGCAGCAGGCGCCCUGGGAAUUCCGGGGCCAUAUCAGCAUACCUCGUUGGAGUAACUGGGUUCAGCCCUCCGAGGCGAUCUUCUGGAGCGAGUUUCGCAGCUGGUUUCCGCAGGACUUCCAGCCGACGUGUGGCAUUUUAUCGACCAGGAUUCACCCUCUACCUCCGCGGAUUCGCGAGGCCAUCGUCGAGUUGUUCGCCCCUCCGUCUAUCAAAGCCAACAAGACCAACUUCCUGAAACGCCCCGAGAAUCAUGACUGCUUGGUCCGCCUGUACCUGGGUCGACGGGCCGAGCGGUCACCGUCCGCCCCGUUUCGACUUCGCAACUUCGAGCUCACAGUCAACGAGAUGGAGGCACUGCAAUUGGACACAGGCGCAUGGGCAAGGGUCAUGGCUCAGACGCUGGCAAUAUUGCACUGGAAGGCACAGGUCGACGCCAACAACGUCGAGUUCGUCUUGGGAAGGACUCGGCAAGCCGAAGUCGAGUCGACCGUGAUUCCGGGGGGAGGGCGCCGGAAGCUUGCUGAUUUCCCCAACGUCUUCAAGUUCGACUUGCAUCAACGAUCCAUAGGCAUCUGGCUGUUGGACUUUGACCAAUGUCGGGCAUUUCCAGAAUCCCCAGUGGGUGUAAAGCAGCUCCAAAGAGCCUUCUAUCUCAACAAUCCAUAUUAUCCUCGACCGAUCUCAAGCCACCCGAACGACAUGGCCUUGUGGGAGACCUUCAAGGCGACUUACCUUCAGGCCAGCGCAUGCCUCACGCAGAGCGAAAUGCCCGGACUGUUUAUCGAGGCCGUCGAGCAAGAUGGCCGAUGGCGUGGUGCCGGACGUUUAAUCCUUCAGUAA